AUGCGCCUCCUCCCCGCCCUCCGCUUCCGCCCCAAUGUCCCACUUAUCCGCACCGCGCACCUCUCCACCUCUCCACCCCUCAACAAUGGCAAAUCGCUCCCACCCCGCACCCCCCUCCUCGACGCGGAUCUAAUCGAGAACUUCCUCAAAGGCUCCGGCCCAGGUGGGCAAAAGAUCAACAAAACCUCCUCCGCCGUCCAGCUCAAACACAUUCCCACUGGUAUCGUAGUGAAAUACCAGGACACGCGGUCAAGAGAGAUAAACCGGAAGAUGGCGAGGCGGAUUCUGCAGGAAAGGAUUGAGGAGAUGGAGUUGGGGGAGGGGGCGCGGACGAAGGUGAAGGCGAGGGAGAAGGCGAAGAAGAAGGCGAGUAGUGGGAAGAAGGCUAGGCGGAAGUAUAGGGCGCUUGCUGGGGAGAAGGAGGGUGAAGAGGGGGAAAGUGGAAUUGCACAGGGGGAAGAAGUAGAGGACAAGGUCGAGGUUGUCGAUAAGAGCCUCUACGCUGUUUCCGAUCACGCCUUUGCCUUCAGCGCGACUUCCCCGUUGUCGUACGCAACGACUGCCUCAUCAACCCUGCUAUUCCACACCAGCUUCUUCAGCUUCAAUCUCAACAUGAGGUCGCUCAGCAAUGUUGCGUCCCGCCGCUUCGCCAGUGUCACAACCAGAAAACUUUCAAGCGCUUCCAAUGGUCUUCUAACAAGGCCUGGCGCGAAAGUUAACACUGGCGCCCACGGUGGAGGCCCUCGGUAUCGCAACUUCAGUACAUCCAACAAAGCACUUGAUGGUUACGCAUUCAACCCGUUCACCAAGACACUUCCGUUCAGAAAGCCACUUCCGUUCCUCAGCGCGAAGUGCCUCGAAAUCAAAGACGCAGACUUCGCAUGGUUCACGGCCCUCAACGUCGCCGUCCGUACCCAGAGGAACAGAGUCUACCUGUCACAUCCCGACUGCACCCCGCGUCUCGUUUUGCACGACUACCAACACACCCUGCGUGUCGUCGCCGACGCCGAGUGGAUUCUGCGGAAAGAACAGAGGACGCAUCAAUGGGCUCGGGACAUUGAUUCCACACUCCUGUGGGUAUUAUGCAUGACGCACGACAUCACCCACGACAUGAGUGACGCAUGGUAUCUCUCCUCAGACGAGAAGCGGAAUCAAUGGCAAAUCGUACGCGAGUUCUUGAGGGCAGCGGGAUGCCCGCCCAACAUCAUUUGGCAGGCAUCUUGUCUCGCUGCCCGCCUCUCGGGUGCUAUUCAGCUUGAUGAGCAAGGGUUCACCGUCACCAACUUCUCUCACGGGCAGCCCAUCCACCGCGUCUUACGUGAUGCAUAUCACCUCCAACGACUGGGCGCUGUGGGCGUGGCUCGAUAUUUCUAUUUCCAUGGUAUGGAUGAAGGAUACAGGGAGCCUGGGGUUGGUUUCGAUGUCAGCUGUCUGCGGCAUAUGCACGGCGGGCAGUACGUCGAGCGGUUCACGACAGAGACCGGGGCGGAAAUGGCGCACCAGCGGUAUAUGUGGACAACACACAAGUUUCUGAAUGGGUGGGAUGCUGAGAAUGAUGUGGGCUCUGUUGCGACGGGGCGAGGGUUCAGGUAG